AUAUGUAAUCCUUUAUCUUACAGAAAAAAUUAUAGUCUGUCUGUGUGAAUAUCCACCUUGUGUUCGACAGAGAUAAGAACAACGUCCCCCCUCCAGAAAGUGAGAUGGGUAGAUAGGGACAACUGAAAUGGGCCGGAGGGGCCAGAUAACGACAUGGUAUACCGCCUUAUUAGACUAGGCCUCUGGGUACAUAAAAAAUGAGCUCAUUACAACUUCUGCAAGAGAGGAAACAAGCUGCUACCAAGUGUUUGGAGUAUCAUCAUAUCCAUGGAGGACAUGGGAGAGGGGGAAGAGCCUGCAGCCAGUCUGCACUUUGUGGGCAUGAAGGAGGACCUGAUAAAAGCCAAGCGGUCGUUCAGGAACCUGGAGGGCAGGGACAUACUGGUGCUCUAUCACCAGGAGAUCUUCUAUGCUUUGGACUUCCACUGUUACCAUGCUGGGGGACCAUUGCAAAAUGGAGACAUAGAGGAAUUUGACGGCAAGCUGUGCAUAGUGUGUCCAAAGCACAAGUACAAGAUCUCUCUCGCCGAGGGGGAGGGCAUCUACAGGGCCACCAACCCUUAUGCCCCAGUGCCCACAACAAGGUGGUACUCCAAGGGCAUCAAGCAAAGAGUCCACACGGUGACCGAGACUGACGGGGUCGUUUAUGUCACACUGUCCCACAUGUCCCGUUUUAUCGAGUCUGACUACUUCCAGGGAGAGAAGGGCAAAGUAGAGAGGGAGAGAAUGGAGGCCAAAGAUUCUUCUAAGAAAUCUAACACAACCUCCUGAUGGACUGUAUGUCAAUAGUCUAAAAUGGCUUCCUCUCCUUGCCUCCUCAUCUGCACUGAUCUGAAGGGAAGGUAAAGGAGGGAAGGAGGCGAGGAGAGGAAGCCAGGUCCAACUAUUAACAUACAUUUGGGGUUUUCCUGCAGUUUACUUGUCUUCAAAUGGGGAUGUAGUAAUUAUAGCAACCUUGACAUUUGAUUUGUGUCCAGAGACAUGAGCCGCCAAUCAGAUCUCUGACAUAAAUAUGCUAAAGGCAGGAUGUGAGUGAACUGAGUUUAAAAACGACCAAUCACAUGUUUCCUUAUUGUAUGGGGUAGGGGUAACGUUAUCGUUUGGMUUUUUUUGUGAACAUUUCAUACAUUCCACAAGAAUCUGUUGUUUUUAUGUGUUUUAGGCUAUCACGUUACGUUAUCUUAUACAGAUUAUCUCACUCACUGCUCAGUCGACUUGUGAAUUGUAGCUCCUUCUCAUGUGGGAUGAGUUAAGUCUACCUGGAGAGCACAACACUCCUGUGGUUCAGUAAUAAAGCUAAUAAAACGAG